AUGUUGUUAAUGGAGACUAAAAAUAAAAGUGGUGAUGAAUUAAUGAGGAAAAUUGUCUUGGGAUUAGAAAUUCAUAUUACUCUUAAUAGUGAAAAAAAAAUCUUUAACUGGGAAAAUACUUAUAAAGGCGAGGGGCUUCCUAAUAGUCAAUUAGGUCUAAAACUGGCGACGGCUUUAGAAAUGAAAAUUAGUCCAAUUAUUCUUUUUGACCGUAAAAUUUACAAUUAUUUUGAUUUACCAAAAGGCUAUCAAAUUACUCAACAAGAAACCCCGCUGGCUACUGCUGGCUAUUUACCAAUUAUUAAGGAAAAUAAAAUCACGAAAAUACCAAUCAAAGUUCUCCAAUUAGAAGAAGAUACCGCUAAAAGCACUUAUUCGCAAGAGGGAGUUAAAUUAGAUUUUAAUCGAGCCGGCAAUCCCUUAAUUGAAUUAGUUACUGAACCAGUUUUCCAGCAGGUCGAAACAGUAUUAAUUUUUAUUAAACAAUUGCAAAAUCUCCUGCGUUAUUUAGAUAUUUCCCAAGCCAAAAUGGAACAAGGACAAUUGCGAAUAGAUUUAAAUUAUUCUUUACAGUUAGAAAAUAGUUAUUCCACCCCUCGUUAUGAAAUUAAAAAUCUCAACUCGCUAGCCAAUAUUGAAAAGGCGUUAAAAUGGGAAAUUACUAAGCAUGAAUUAUUGUUUUCUCAAGGGCAAGAACCUCCGGCUAGCCAAACCCUAGGAUUUGAUGAGACCAAACAAAUAACUAUUACUCACCGCCAGAAAACUGACUAUUUUUAUUUACCGGAAGUCAAUAUUCCUCCGCUUAAAUUAACCAGCAGAGAUAGCAAAAAAAUUAAAAAAGAAAAAAAACUGGAUAAUGAAGAAAUAAAUUCCAUAAUUAGAGAAUUAAAAGAAACCCCCAAAAACUUUGCUUUACUAGUAAAAAGUUCAAAAUUAUUUGCUCGGACAAGUCAAGCAAAAAUUCCCGGACUAUUCAGUAAAAGAAGUAGUGAUAACCAAAUUAAAGAAUUACAAACCGAAAUUAACCACUUAAAAACUGAGAAAAGUAAGCCAACUAGCGAAGAUAUCGAAAAAAUUACCGAAUUUAGCAAAGAAUUAAGCAUUACUGAUAGCAAAUUGACUGCAGAAUUACAAACUGCUACUAGUUAUCAAGAAUUAUUCAACAUUCAGCACAAGACUUUCAAAGCCAAAUUAGCAAGUGAAGUAAUUAGUAAAAAUAUGGCUAAAAAUAUGAAUUACUGCUUAGGGACUCAUUGGCGGCUUAGUAUUGUUAACUUAAAUGAUAGUUAA